GCAUGUCCCCCUUUUCGCCUUGAAUCCCACGGUUAUUUUUUCUUCUUCUUCUUCCCCUUCUUUCCUUUCUCCCCCGCCAGCCGGCCGCCGCAGUCCUCUGUUUUCCUCCCUUUCUUUCUUUUGUCCGAUUGCUUGUGUACUGCGGUGGAAUUUGUCGGGUUUGCUUCAAUUGCUGCUGGCUUUGUGAUUGUUGUAACAGAAAAACCUCAAUUUCGCCCGACUGUUCAUCAAAGUUUGACUUUUUAGUCUUUCAGUUAGGCUAAGGAUAAUUGGGCGGCUGGAGGGGUUGGUUCUCCAGAUUCGCACGUAUGCUUCCCCAACUGCAGACAUGUCUGAACAUGGGGGGCGAAGGAUUUGGGAGUUCUUAGGGUUGGAGAGGGGGGUAAAGCUUUUGCAUGGCGUGAUUAGAUUGCUUAAAAGUUGAUUGCUUUGCAUCUAUAAUGGGAAAUUCUCACUAGGGUUGUGAAAUUUCAGGUGUCUUGAUGUACAAAAUUCUUGUGGAAUCGUAGUAGUUUCACGUAUCGGAUGUGUCAAUUGUGAGUUUAGUAGGCAUCUAGAGCUCAAUUUUGUAUGAAGAUUAGAGAAUGAAAACUUUUAUAUUACACCUCAAUUGUCUUUUGCAAAUGUUGGUGCUUUGCAGUUAUAUAUACAUCUGGGUUAGUUGCGAAAUCGGUAGCCGCCUGAAGUAGCAGAAGGAGGCAAUGCAGUCGAAACCUGGUGCUGGACAUAGCCUGCCACCAGAUUCACACGUUGUCCGUCCAUCGUAUGGAGUUCCUUCUGAACCGUGGUGGCGCGGUGUUGGAUAUCACUCUGUAGCUGCAGGCAUGCCCAUAGGAAAUGCCAAAAAUUCAACCGAGGGAUCUGAAUCAACUGAUGAUCAAUCUGUCUCGGAUGACAGAACAAACGAGGAAGAGGACAAUGAUGCUGCAAAAGAAUCACAAGCUACUGCAUCUUCUCGAUCAGUCGGGAAUCAUGGACAUGAGCAUCCCAAUCCGCAGAAUGUUCCUCCAGGCAUGACUACUACGGCUCUGGAUCAGACGCUCGCACAGCCUCCGCAAUUUGAACUCGUCGGUCACUCUAUUACAUGUGCACCAAACCCCUAUCAGGAUCCAUACUACAGUGGAAUGAUGGCAGCUUAUGCACAGCAGCCGUUGGGCUACCCUCAUCUUGUUGGAGUUCCCCAGACUAGAAUGCCGUUGCCCCUUGAGAUGGCCCAGGAACCUGUUUACGUGAAUGCGAAACAGUACCAAGGUAUUUUGAGGCGAAGACAGGCCCGAGCGAAAGCAGAAGUCGAGAAAAAGCUCAUUAAACCGUAUCUCCACGAAUCCCGACAUAAACAUGCAAUGAGGAGGGCGCGUGGUGCUGGAGGACGUUUCGCCAAGAAAACCGGGCUGAAUAAUGCUUCAAACAGCUCAGCUGCUGAGAUCAGGAGAAGCGGCUCCGGUCCUGCCCCCUCAUCUCAAUCUGGGGGAUCGUCUGGUUCUGAGCCACUGCUAUCCAGCGAAACUUGGAACUCGUCCAAAGGUCAUCAACACGAGGGCAGAGUCCACCACCCCCAAGGUCGCUUUGAGGGUCACCAAUACAGAAACAUAGACGGCGGUGGGCAUGGUGGAGAGGAUGGAGACUGUUCGAUCCAGCACCGUGGGAGCAUCUCGAGUCGGGCUUCUCAGAGGUCUGUUGCAAUCCAGUGACCACCUCAGGCAGACCAGAUGUGGAGGCAAAUCAUCCUUGGCUUUUGUGCGUGUGUGCUUGUGUGGGCUCUCAUGGGGUUUGCUUUGGUUGAAGCAGACUAGGGAAAGAAAGCUUUCUUUUAGGUUGUUGGCUUUCCUUUACCAGUAGUUGAUUCUGCUGUUGAGCUCAAGAGUCUACUUUUUUUGGAUUUCUCCUCUUGCUGUGUGUACAUACCAACUAAGCAAUAAACCUCUAGGGGGAUGGAUAUAUCAUAUAUGAUUGAACAGAUAGUUAAAAGUUUUUAUGUGGAAACUAUCAGUCAUGUUUUACUACAACAAUCAAAACUUUCUGUUUCUGGCUUCAUUUGGGAGUUUGAUUGCAUAUAUGAU